CUUACCAAAAAAAUCUACAACCAACCCUUCUCCAAAUCUGUCUCUAUCCUCUGUUUUUAUUUUUUCCUUCUUGCGGUGGUACAAAAAAUUCAGAAUUCACAAUUAAUGACCGAUUGCUUCUUCACCUACUCUUUCUCUCUCUCUUUGGAAGUAACAACAAGUCUAUAUGCUGAUCCCAUCUAGGGCAAGCCCUCUAUGCUCUAAACUUUGACUUUCUUGGAAAACUUUUAUUUUCUUGAGAAUUCUUCCAUUGAUUUCUCCCCUUCUUGGUUCUUGAUUUGGGAAAGAUGGGUAACAAGAUAAUCUCCAUGAUAAAGAAAGAUAACAAAGAUGGAGGAGGAGGAUCUAAGAGUAAGAGAAUGAACCGGUCACAGAGGAAAUUGCUUGCUGAUGAAGAGAUGUUGCAUCGUCGAGCUCUGUCCAUGGCGAUUCAUCAAGCUCAGCUUUCUCAGAGAUUUGAUGGAUCUAUGUCUAGACGUGUCGGUUCUACAAGUACUAGGAAACGAACCCUCUCUGACCCGUUUUCUAAUGGCAAGCAGGUACCUGAUUUUUCAGAGAGCUUGAUAGUGAAGAGAUUUGUUCUGGUGCAUGGUGAAGGGUUUGGGGCAUGGUGUUGGUACAAAAUUAUUGCUUCACUGGAAGAGUCAGGACUGUCUCCAACUACAGUUGACCUCACUGGGUGUGGAUUUAAUAUGACAGACACAAACACUGUCUCUACCUUGGAAGAAUAUUCAAAACCAUUGAUCGAGUUACUCGAAAAUCUCCCUGAAGAAGAGAAGGUUAUUCUAGUGGGUCAUAGCACUGGAGGUGCGUCCAUUUCAUAUGCGUUAGAGAGGUUCCCAGAGAAAAUAUCGAAAGCUAUAUUUGUAUGUGCAACCAUGGUUUCUGAUGGCCAAAGACCCUUUGAUGUUUUCUCUGAAGAGCUUGGUUCCGCAGAGCGGUUCAUGCAAGAGUCACAAUUCUUGAUAUAUGGGAAUGGAAAAGACAAGCCUCCUACAGGGUUCAUGUUUGAGAAACCACACAUGAAAGGCUUGUAUUUCAAUCAAUCACCCAACAAGGAUAUAGCACUGGCAAUGAUUUCAAUGCGGCCUGUACCACUUGGACCAAUGAUGGAGAAAGUAUCUCUGACCGCAGAAAGAUACGGGAAAGGAAGAAGAUUCUAUGUUCAGACGUUAGAUGACCGUGCACUCUCACCAGAUGUUCAAGAGAAGGUAGUGAGAGAGAACAGCCCUGAAGGAGUCUUCAAGAUCAAAGGAAGUGAUCAUUGUCCUUUCUUCUCAAAGCCUCAAUCUCUCCACAAGAUUCUUCUCGAGAUUGCACAGAUUCCUUAACAAAGAUUUGAGAUUUCUUUGGAGAGUAUACACUGAUUAUAUUUUUUUUUUCUAAACAAGAACACUUUCAUUUAAUCCUCAAAACACCUUUUGUAUGCAAUUCUAGAAUCGAUACAAGAUCGUAUUUAUACCA